GGUUGUCGACGUCAGGCAAGAUGGCGGCGUGCAGAAUGUUUUCGCGAGUGGCUGCGAUGUUUUGAGCGUCUUCCGCCGAGUUGCUGCUGCUCGCCUCGUGCUUUUGUUUUUCUCUCCUGCAGCACCGAAGGCUCUGACGUCUGUUUCGCCGGACGAUCAGCCGUCGCCGUUCCCGCUGCGCUGACGGCUCACGAACGGAUGGACGGCCUGGCCGAUAGCUGAGUCACGGAGCGGUCGUAGCAGCAGCGAUGUUCCCGUGGAAGAAGGCCAAGGACAAGGACGACAAGUCCAAGCGCCGCGAUGACAAGAAGGGUUCCUCCUCGGGCGACGGGCGCCGUCGGCACCUGGUCAUCUCUGGGCCGAUCCCGACGCGCGCUGGAGGCGCGCUCGUGUCUCCGCUGCCGGAGGAGGACGACUGCCCAGCCACCGACGCCGGACCCGCGCCGACGGAUGCCAAGAAGCCACCGCCGGUGCCGCCUAAAAAGCCCGCAGUGGCACGGACGCUGAGCGUGCCCAAGGCGCGGCCACCCGACCGGCCCGCGCCCCGGUCCUCGAGCCUGGUGGCGCAGCCCCUGGCCAGCGUUUUCAAGCAGGCCGUGCGCAACGGACACGCCGUCGUCGAUGCACAAGCGCCGGCCGCACGCGCCACACCGGUCUCUGCAGGCUUAUGCCUGCCUCCGAUCCGUGCGGCGCUGCGCUGUCCGCAGCCGAGGGUCCUGACAGUGGUGCGGCAGCCGUCGGGGGACUUUGGGUUCUCGCUGCGGCGCUCAGCGCUCUCGGAUGGGCUGGCGGGCGACGACCGCCGGCGAACACUCAUGUUCGCCGAGCCGAGCACGUUGGGCAGCGGCGGCGGCGGCACGGGCCUCCUACCGGGCGACCGGCUACUCGAGGUGAACGGCGCGAGUGUGGACGAGCGGACCCGUGAGGAGGUCGUGGAGAUGGUGCGGUCCUCGGGUGACCGCGUCAGCCUCAAGGUGCAGCCGCUGCCCGAGCUGUGCGAGAUCGUGGCCAGGGUCGCCGGAGGGGGGCCGCCGGGUGCCACGCAGGGGCGCCACCGCACCCUGUCGCGCACGGGCAGCCGCAGGCACAGGACGCUCGGGGCCAAGACGGACGAGGAGAUAGCGGAGGAGCGCCAGUGGCUGCAGUCGGAGAAGGUGUGGGUGCUGUUUGAUGGAGGCUAUGCGGGGGCCAGCUUAGUCAAGGGGGACCAGGUGACUCCCCGGGAGGGCAGGGUCAGGGUGCGGCUGGACGCUACGGGGGAGCUCCUGGACGUCGAUCAGGAGGACGUCGACAAGGCAAACCCGCCCCAGCUGGACUUUGUGGAGGACCUCGCCCAGCUGCGGCAGCUGAACGAGGCCGGCCUGCUGCACGCCCUGAGGGGCCGCUUUGCCUCGGGGCUGGUGCACUGCUACGCCGGCCCGGCCCUGCUCUGCUUCAACCCGCAGCGGCCCCUGGCCAUCUACUCGGAGAAGGUGAUGCGUCUGCUGCGUGACUGCCCGGCAGACGACCUGCCACCGCACGUGUUUGCGGUGGCCCAGGCGGCGCACGCGGCGCUCGUCUCCACCCGGCGGGACCAGACGGUUCUGUUCCUGGGGCGCUCCGGAGCGGGCAAGACGGGGGCUGCCAAGCAGGUGCUCCAGUACCUGGCCAUUACGUGCGCUCCGAGCACCCAGGUUGGAGCUCCCUUAGCCGAGAAGCUGACGGCCGCCUCCGCGCUCCUCGAGUCGUUUGGCAACAGCCGGACAUGGGCCAAUGCCAAUGCCUCCCGCUUCAGCCAGCUCUUCUCUUUGGAGUUCGACAUCGCCGGGCAGCUUGUGUCGGCCUCUGUACAGGCCCUGAUGCUGGAGCGCUGGAGGGUGUCUGGCCUGCGAAAGGGGGAGCCCAACUUCCACAUCUUCCACUACCUGCUGGCAGGUGUGGGCGACAGCCUCAGGAAGGAGCUGUUUCUCGAGAGCCUGGAUGAGCAGAACCUGUUUGUGAUGCCCCAGCGGAAGCCUGAGGAGCGGAGCAAGUGUGCACUCAUGUGGGAGCUGGUGCAGGGCUCCCUGCUCACCCUCGGAGUAAGGGAGUCCGAGGCCAAGGGCCUCUGGAGCGUCCUGGGCGCCAUCUGCCACCUGGGGGAGGCCGGCACCCUCCGGGGUACCAGCGGGCGGCUCCAGUUUCAGCGGGGGGACAGUGCCCAGAGAGCGGCCCUGCUGCUGGGCACCUCCGUGGAGGACUUACACCGGGCCGUGUUUGCCCAUGAGGCUCUGCUCUCAGCCGGCGGGAACAGCCGCCUGGCAUCCCGGACAGGCGAUGGUGACCCUCAGGAACCCCUGCAGGACUUUGUGGCUGCCCUGUACAUGGAGGUCUUCGGGGCCGUCGUCUCCCUGGUCAACCGGGCCCUGGGCUCUGCGGGCCGUAGCGUGGCUACGGUCCAGGUGCUGGACUGCCCGGGCUUCCAGAGUGGAAAGCUGGCCACCCUGGAGGACCUGUGCCACAACUAUGUGCAGGAGCGCCUGCAGCUUCUCUUUCACCAGCACACAUUCCUCGCACAGCAGGAGCGCUACCAGCAGGAAAAGGUGGCGGUGGAGGAGGCGGAAGAGGUGGCAAGCCCCCAGGGCUUGGUCUCCUUGCUGGACCGGAUUCCCCCUCAGGGGGCGGCACUGAGGGCCUCCAGCUGCGACCUGCAGCAGACGGACCAGUCCUGCGGCCUGCUCCAGCUGCUGGACGACGAGGCCCUCUAUCCGGGCAACACAGACGACGCUUUCCUCGACCGUCUGCUGCGCAUGGGGCCUGCAAACGAUGGCCGGGAGCAGCGUCUGGUACAUCCUGGUCCCCGGGAGGGCCAGUUUGUGCUUCACCAUCAGCUGGGGUCCCUGCCGGUGACCUACGGGGUCCAGGGAUGGCUGAGGGCAGCUCGGGAAGGUCCAGCCUUCCGACAGGCACAGCCUCUCCUCCAGGAAUCCCACAAGGAGCAGCUGGCCCAGCUGUUCGGCUGCUCUCGGGGCCCCCUGGCGUCGGCGGGAAGCACCCUGAGCCUGGACGCCGGGGCCUCCUCCUCGCUGCGCAGAACCCCGAGCAUCCGGCGGGCGCAGUCGGUCGCCGCCGCCAAGCGCCGCUCCCUACCUCUACAGGUCAAGUACACCACGGACGGGAUGCUGGAGGUGCUGCGGCGCACGCGGCUACAUUUCGUGCACUGCCUGGUGCCCAGCAUGCAGCCCCUGGAGCAAGGAACCGGCGGUGCCGCAGACGACGCCCACUUCGACGUGCCCCUGGUGCGCUCGCAGCUGAAGGGGGCGCAGGUGCUGGAUGCGGUGCGCUUGCGCAAGCAAGGCUUUCCGGAGAACCUGCAGUACACGGAGUUCCGGCGGCGCUAUUCGCUGCUGGCCUCGGCGGACUGCACGCCCGAGCGCGGGGACGAGCGGACGGCGGUGGAGGCCCUCCUGCACCACCUGGAUAUGGAGCCGAGCAGCUACCGACUGGGACUCAGUCAGAUCUUCCUGCGGGCAGGCACGCUGUCCCAGCUCGAGGCUCAGAGGGACGAGAGGCUGUCCGAAGAAGUGGUGCGGUUGCAAGCCCGCGCACGGGGCUUCCUAGCACGCAGGCGCCACCAGCAGAGGAAGGUGCAGGCGAUGGCCCUGUGCUGCAUCCAGCGGAACGUGCGCAGGUUCCUCGAGAUCCGCAGCUGGCCCUGGUGGCGCCUCUUUGUCAAGAUUGCCCCCGUGCUCAACGUGCACCGCACCGAGGAGCAGCUUAAGUCCACCCUGGAGGAAGUGGGGCAGCUCAGGGCCAAACUGGAGAAGGCGGAGAAGGAGCGCUCGGAGCUGCGGCAGAACCACGACCUGCUCGAGGCGAAGGUCGGGGACCUCUGGGUGGACCUGGGCCAGGAGCAGGCGGCGUCCGCGCAGGCCGCCGAGAUGCUCGAGGCCGAGACAGCGGAGCGGCUGCGUCUCGACAAGGAAGUCCGGGAACUUCAGGCCCGCUGUUGCCAGCUGCAGCAGCAGAAGGACCGGCUGGAGAUGGAGGCCAUGGAGAGCCGCAUGCUGCGUUCGGCCGACCUCAACGGGCACCUCUCAGACGAGGACGACGGUGUUGGCGGCUCGUCUGUGUACAAGCAGAAGUAUGAGCGAGCGGUGCGUGAGGCGGAGAUGACUCGGCGCAAGGCCAGCCAGCAGCACGAGGAGGAGCUGGAGAAGCAGCUGCUUGCACGGAAGGCGACUGAGAAGAGGCUGACGGAGGCCCUGGACAGCCUGGAGGAAGGACGCCAGGCGGUCGGCCAGUGGAAACGCAAGGCCCAGAAGCUGGCCGCCGAGCUGCAGGACCUCAAGCUGCUCGUCGAGGAGCACAUGGCCAGGAACGCCGAGCUGGAGCGCAAGCAGCGCAGGUUUGAUGGAGAGCUGAGCACUGCGUCGGAGGGCAUGAGGCAGGAGCGGGCGCAGCGGGAGAAGGUGCAGCGUGAGAAGGAAGCGCUGUACGCGGAGAAGCUGUCCCUGGAGCAGGAGCUGUCGGCCGUGCGCUCGGAGCUGGACUCUCAGCACGACAAACUCGGCAGCCUGCGCAGGGAGAUGGACGAGCUCAGCUUCAGCAGCCACGGAGAGGAGGAGGUGGCCAAGCUGAAGCGUGGCAAGCAGGAGCUGGAGCGGAAGUCCCGGGAGCAGGAGGAGGAGCUGGAGGACCUGGCUGGCCAGGUGCAGCUGCUGGAGCAGGCCAAGCUGCGGCUGGAGAUGGCCCUGGAGAAGCAGCGCCAGGAGUACAAGCGGGAGAUCUCCCUCAGGGAAGAAGAGAUGGACGAGGCACGCGCCGCCGCCAGCAAGAAGCUGCGCAACCUGGAGUCUCUGCUGGAGUCCGAGCAGGAGGAGCGGCAGGCCCUGUCGAGGCAGCGCCAGGAGCUGGAGCGGCGCCUGGGGGAGCUGAGCGCCCUGCCCCCUCCCAGGGACCCCCAGGUGGAGCGGCGGCUGCGCAGGGACCUCAGGCGCACCAGAGCCCUGCUGCAGGACGCCCAGCAGCGGCUGGAGGGGGCCCGGGACGGACAGGCGGCCAGGGCCUUGCUCAGGCAGCUCAAGAACCAGCUGGAAGACGCAGAGUUUGCCAAAACGGCGGCCAUGAAGGCACGGCAGGGGGCGGAGAUGGAGCUGCAGGAAGUGCAGUGCCAGCUGGAGGAAGUGCUGCGCACCAAGAAUGAGUCGGAGGGGCGCUGCAUCCAGCUGACGCGCGAGAAGAGCGCCCUGCAGAUGCAGCUCGAGGAGAUGGAAGAGGAGCAGGCCGAGCUGCUCAAGAAGUACCGGUCUGCGGUGCAGCAGAUGGCCAGUGACCAGAAGGCGAUGGCCGAGCAGAACCAGCAGAUCCUGGACCUGGAGUCCGAGAAGCACCACCUCAGGGAACAGGUCCACGACCUUAGCUCCAAGAUGGACCACCUGAGCAGCCAGGCAGAGGAUUCGCAUGCGGUGCGCAGGCUGGAGGCGAAGGUUCGCGAUCUGGAGUCAAGGCUGGAGCUGGAGCAGACCUCCAAGGCCAGGCUGGAGAGCCAGGUGGCACGGCUGAAGGAGCAGAGCGGCCGGCUGCAGGAGGAGUGUGAGCAGGCUGCCCAGCGGGAGCAUGCGAGCCAGGAAGGCUGCCGCAAGCUGCAGCGCCAGCUGAGGGAGCUCCGGGAGGACUGCGCUAGCCUGCAGCAGCGCGAGGCUGAGGCACACCAGCGGUGCCAUGAACUGGAGCUGUCCCUGGAGAAUGCGGAGACAGACCUGCAGGGCACCAAGCAGGACCUGAAGCUGGCCUGCCAGAGGAUCCAGGACCUGCAGGCGGCCCUCGAGGAGGACCUAGACUCCGGCACAGACCUGGCUGACGAUGACAGCGAGUCGGACAGCGAUCAGGACAUGGACGUGGACAGCCUGCUGCGCCGCCAUGGCCUGGGGCCGCACAAGAUGGCCGCCGGAGACUGCUCGCCCGUGUUUAGUCGCCGCAGCAGCGGCUCGGUGGGGCUGUCACUCAGUAGGUCGAAUGAGAGUACUCCCUCGGGUCCUGUGAGCCCGGAUGCCACGGAGCAGCGGGGCAACGGACGCACCCUGUACAAGGAUGACCAGCUGGUGGAUGUCUGAGCAACACACGUCCACUCUCUCCCCCCCCUCCCACCCCCACAACCCCCGACAGCCCCCCCUCCCCCCCCAUAGCUGACACACCAAAGCUCGCUUCCCCAAAGGCGGCACACCUCCUUCCUCUGCGUGCAUCUACCGACGGGUGCCGCCACCCGUGCCGCCGUCGAGGGGAGGGGCCAGCAAAGCGCGCGGUUUUUUUUUAUGCCGGGGUUGUACGUGGCCGACCGCCGUUUCUGCGCCGGCCUCGGGUUGUGGGGCCCUUUGGCCCGCCUUAAUCGGAGGCAGCCAGCCUCCGUCGUGGAAUCGCCCACGAGUGCCUCAGCUUAAAGGCUUUCGCAACGUCGGAUGCUCAGAGGCGUCGCGAGGGAUCGGCGCGAGAAGGAAAGCAGACUGUUCUACUUAGCUGUAUGCCUGCGAAUGUUUUUGUACUUUUUCUAGCUUGGAAAUGUGCAUUUUGGAAGCCGUGCGGUGGACGCACUUUCGAGGGGACUAAGUGGGUGGCCGGGUUUUUCGAGCGCGUCCUCGGUCCGUCUCGAGUGUGGCGCCGGAUGCGCGGUUGCCAACCAGACCCGUCCCCCGAGGGCGGGUGAGGCGGGCCGCACUCGCUUCGUGCGAGCGACGUUCGCUCGGAAUCUCCGCGCGGAUUUCCAGAGUAGGCGUAACUGUGUGUACAAUUCUGUAAUUACGGUGGGACGGGAGCAUUUCCGGCAGUCUCGUUUUGUGGUGUUUUUACCGUGUCUGUCGCUUGUGAAAUAAAAGACGGUGUUCCGAA